AUGUUGUAUUACUUAUACAAGCUGUCUAACCACAAGCCACGGUAUAUGGCAGUUAUACCACAGAGGAAGUUGGCCACGCGUUAUCAAUCAUGUGACAUUCCUAAGGUCUCUGCUCACGUUACCAUAGAUAUUAAAUAACUGUAAUAAAAAAGUUAUGGAUACUCUUGCUUUGCUGACUUAUAACACCGGACUAGCUGUGUCUGUUGUCUGGCCGGACCAAGAUUAGCUAGACUAUAGGGUAGAGUGUAGUUCAGCUGUGCUGUAUACAGCUUGCAUUGUACUGGCUUGCAAGAAUCUAGUAAACACUGUAUACACUGAUAACUCGCCAGAAUACUUAAUAGAGAAGACUUUAAACAGGAAGAGACCAAGUGUUGUAAUGCAGCAGACACUGAGACAGUAAUAAAAUAAUUUAUAAGUUAUAACAACAAUAGGCUCAGAGUCACAGGAUGUAAUAUCAGCACUGCAUGCACCGUCUCCAAGUUUUCCCUCUAGCUCUACCGACGUCCCCAGUCUAGCCCCGAGACAAAGUAUAAUUAUACAGGGCCCUCACGUGACUUGUGCAUUCAAAUUUUCUUUUGGCAGCCUUAUAUUAGAACAAUUACUAAAUGAACUUUGGUGACCUUGUCAAUAUCAUCAAUUUUACAUGUGGAUUGAUAGUAAAAACGCCCAAGUGGCUUGUGAAAACUAAUUAACAUAGUUCAGGGUUCUGCCCAUGAUGAGUUGAGUGGUGGCUAGACUAAGAGGAGAUGCCAAGAAACUGAUUCCAGUGCUAGUGCUAGCAGCUACUGUAUAUACAGUGAUGAUGAUGCAGUUCAACCAGGAGUUGCAUGUUUUGAUGCUUAUGAGUCAAGCCACUCCACAGCAAGUGGGAGAGGAGAAAAGCAGGCCACAUGAUUGCAAAUGACUGGCUUUGGGCUUCAAAAAAAGAGACUAACAAUCUAUUUUUAUGUUAAUUUUAUAUAAUUAUUAUAAAUACUUGCUAAACAUCAAUAAAUAUUCUGGCGUAAUUUGUCUCUAGAAUUGCUGAAAUUGAAUGUAGCGUAAAUAAACACUCAAAUUUCCCGGGCCCCCUAUCGUGGUCUAGCCACCACCGUCUUCCAUAACACGAGAUAUAGGUAUACGGUUUGUGUGUAGACUAUUUCAGCUGCUCAAGGAUCAAUGAAGUGGAAGUAAGAGUUUCUAUAUAGGCUUCUAGUCAUGUUUUCUUGGCUUGCAAUGGUUGGAUUUUCAAAAUAAAGCUUCGUUCUCGAGUUAUGCCUAGUUUUGCUUACUUGGAAUGCCAUUGCAGUCUUUUCAGAAGAGUCCCUAACAAAAUUUGUUCACCGAGUGUUGCUAACUCUACUUAGUAGUUAGCUCUGCACUAGAAUGCUAGCUAUUGGUAGCUGCAGAGUGAGAAGAGAGCUGCAAGGCUCUGCUGACUUGCCAUUAAUUUUAGACUUGAACUUUUGGUAUCGAUCGUAAUCAUGGUCAAUCAUUACCCACUAUUUGAGUUUCCCGCAUGCAGCAAAAUUAUUCACCAUGAUAAAUUCGUAUAAAAGCUAGUUAUAUGUUAUGUAGCGUUGGCACCUCCACCGAGGCAUCAGCACCUGCGGUGCUUUCAUUACAUUAUACCUCCACCAGCAGGCUUCUACCGUCUUCCUUUUUAGGAGCUCGAAGUAGAGCUCAACCUCAGACCCAGACUAAGAAAGUGAAGCUAUGUUCUUACGACAGGGAUAUUGUCUGCCUACCAUUUUGUUACAGUUCAAAACAUGGAAAGUAUGCCAUUCCCCGCAGUGAAACGAGGGCCACGUUAGCGUCUAGUGGCCUUAUUGGCAAAGUUCGACUCUCCUCAGACAUGUCACAAGAUCAAAUCCUGACAGAAAUCAGAUCGGUAUUCUCGGCGGAAAUGAAUGAAAACCAGAAUUUCCCAAUUAGUUUCUUGCAGCGAAGUGGUCAGGGAAGCAAUUCACUGACAGUGCCGUCCAUAUCCAAUUCUUACCAGUGGAGUGCCAAAGAAGUUGUGCGAAUGGCUGGUCAGGGGUGCAUCUACAUCAAAGCUGAAGCCAGGCUAAACUGCGAGAUGAUGGAAGAUGGAGGUUCACAGGACACAAGAGAACAAAUGAGAGGAAUCUUCAACUCUAGCUAUGAGGGUUCACAGAUGUCCCCGGAAGAAGCACAGACAGGAGGUAACUCUAACUCAAACUCCAACUCUCAACUACCCUAUGAGGGUUCACAGAUGUCCCGGGGAGGAGCACAGACAGAAGGUAGCUCCAACUCUCAACUGCCCUAUGAGGGUUCACAGAUGUCCCGGGGAGGAGCACAGACUGGAGGUAGCUCCAACUCUCAACUACCCUAUGAGGGUUCACAGAUGUCAUGGGAAACAGGAGGACAAAUGAGAGGAAGCUCCAACUCUAGUUAUGGAUUCACAUCAUAAGCUUAUUAGAUGGAGAAUCGUCACUCGUGGCUGCAUUGACGGCUGCAGUAGGCUGGUGACUUUCUUGAAGUGUUGUGGCAAUAAUAAAUCGUCAACCGUGUACGAAUUAUUUUUGUGUGCAGUUCAAAACAUCAGCUGCCAUCUCGUAUAAGAAUGGACCAAGGUGGGGAAAAUGUAUUGGUCGCACGUCACAUGUUAGAAAAAAGAGGACAUGAUAUGAGGAGUGUGAUUGUAGGAGCAGCCUCGGUCCAUAAUCAACGCAUAGUAUUCUCUUUUACAAGCUGUUUUGCUUAAGUGGAUCUAUUAGACUGUUUGAAUGUUUGAAUGAGAUGCACCUGUAUUCACUUCAUUAUGUGUUCAUUCCACGUAUUAAUCAGGCACUUGCACUGUUCAUUGUGGAUGGAACCAUCACUCAAUCCGAACUGCACACCAUAAGUCUCCACACCAGUUGUUUACAACAGGGGCACUACUUUUGCAGCACGACUGCAGCACGACUCGCAGCUUUGGAUUUUUUUGAGAAUGUGGAGGAAGAAAUGUGGAGGAAGAAUAUGGAAUUGAUAUGGAAGGCCCCAUCCCGUCUCAGGGACGUUCUAUAGUUGUGCCUGAGGUGAGAAUUUUGCUCUCCUACAGCAAGCUGUUAAUCCGUUAGCACCUUCUGAUGAGUGAGUUUGGUAUUGAUUUGUAUGAACAAAUGAACAAGUUUUGCAGUUUAUGUCAACGAUUACGGUAUAAAACAUGACCAUGAUGACUCUCAUAAUUAAAUUUUGAUGUUAUUCUUACAUAAUUAUUAUCCAUUGUGAUGCUCAGUAUCAACAUGAAAUGAGAGUAUGCAUGCAGAGUAUGCAUGCAGU